AUGGUGAGAAUGAGUAGGGGUCGUCAGAAGGUGGAGAUGAAGAAGAUGGAAAAUGAAAGCAAUCUCCAAGUAACCUUCUCGAAGAGAAGGACAGGCCUUUUCAAAAAGGCCUGUGAACUUUGCACUCUUUGCGGUGCUGAUGUCGCGAUCAUUGUCUUCUCUCCCGGGAACAAGGUGUUCUCGUUUGGUCACCCUGACGUUGAGACAAUGAUCGAUCGGUUCUUCACCCGUCACACUCCUUCUACUUCAGGCGCUUUGCAGCUCGUCGAAGCCCAUCGCAACGCUGCUCUUCGUGAUCUUAAUUUUCAGCUUACUCAUGUGCUUGAUCAAUUGGAGGCGGAGAGAAAACGAGGCGAGGAGCUUGCGAAGAUCAGGAGGGCUAGCCGCGCACAUUGCUGGUGGGAGACUCCUGUUGAGGAGAUGAGCAAGCCACAACUUGAACAGAUGAAGAGCGCUCUGGAGGAUCUCAAGAAGAAUGCGGCACAUCAUGCUGAGAAACUCAUGAUUAUUCACAAUUCAAAGCCAUCUCAUAACUAUUUUGCAUCAACUGCUGCUGGUCCAAGUGUUCCUUCCGGUGCAUCCAUCGCUUCUUUUGAUCCGAAUAAUGCUUCAUUUCAUCCAAAUAUGAUGCCUUCGUCAUACAAUCGCCUUGGAUUCGGUCGCGGGUUUUACUAG